AUGUCUCCCACUGGUGAUUUGCCGGCUUGCAUGCAUUCGCAACGCCUUCCGGACGACAUUCUCAUCUCCAUUGUCGAAGAGCUAGAAAAGCAAGACGAUUGUCAAUCAUCGAGAGCAUACUCUCUUCAGUCCCCCCGUCUGCUGCCAUUCUCGGACGAUAAUAUCCCGAUUCUACGAGUUCCUAAAGCAGUAUCCUCACCUGGUGCCCUAUGUUCGAAACGUCCAUUUCAUGGAACACACUUAUUCACUUCUGUCUCAAACUUCGGGCUCGAGGUCCACGAAGAAGGGGAGUCUUGGCUGAAUCUUCCGUCCUACCUCCGCGAAGCCGUCCUGGAGAUGGAUGCACCUGCAGGAAAUUUGGAUAGAGCUCGCCCAUACUUCUUGGACGCCCUCGCGAAGAAGAUUGACUUCGGUUGCGUUCAGAUGCUCACACUCGGACUAGACGCCGAUGAUUCUUUGGAAGCGUUUUGGAACCGCGUUCAGUUUUCCCGAAAAUCUCCGAGAAACCUGAAAUUUGUCAUUAGCUUUAAAGCCAUUUUUCAUCUAAAAUUCCUCUUCGACCAAGUCGGCAUAGAGCAAGCGAUAACCCCACUCACGUUAUCAACGUUGACACGUUUGCGUACUAUCGUCUUCGCGUUCAGUGUGGAUAUCAGUAUGAACACCCAUGACAAUAUCAUACCUCCGUGGUGCCUUCUCCUCCAAACAGCACCAACGACAAUUCAAGCGGUCAACAUCUCCGUCGACCUCUACCCGGGCACGUCUCGUGAAGUUCGACGAUGGAUUGGACCGGAUGCGGACGGUUAUCCUCCUUUCCUCUCCGAGUUUGAUUCCAUCCUGUCCGACUCCCAGAUCCUUUCCCAGCAAACUCAAGUCGAGCUCAAAGUGACACUCCCAGAAUCGGAGUGCGACAGUGAGGAGCAUGAGACAGAUUCUGACUGCGAUGAUGCCGGCGAAGAUGAUAUGACCUCGGCUGAGGUGGAAUGGAGUUUGAAGAAGAUAUUCAAACAGACUCGAAAGCGGUUGCCACUACGCAUUGUGCUGCUGGAAGGCCCAUGA